AUGGGAAGUCAAUCUAAGGGGAGUUUGGAUGGAGUUCAAAGUGAUGUGAAGUUCAAAGCUACUGCUAAGUGGGAAUAUAUGUCUGCUAGUGUGUUUUUCUUGGUGACAAACGCUAUAGGAUGUACAUACGCAGCAACAACAAUGGUGAUUUCAACCAUUGCAAGAAGCAGUGGAAACAAAACAAUACUGUUGAUGAUAACAAUACUAGAUCUUGUUAUAUCUGGAUUACACUUCUCAGCCAACGGAGCAGCUGCUGCAGAGGGAGUGUUAGGGCAGAAAGGAAACUCGCACGUGCAAUGGAUGAAAGUGUGUAAUGUAUUUGAUGCCUAUUGUCGUCAUAUGACUGCUGCUUUGGUUCUAUCUAUCAUUGCUUCAUCUGUCUUUCUUUUGCUUGUGGCUCACUCUAUUUUCAACCUCCAUUAUUAUAGAUCUUACUAG